CAGUGAUUAAAUCGAUUUUUUUAAAAAAUAAACAGGAGUAUUGGAGUAAGCAUACAAAGACAUACUCCAAUAGAUAUUGCAACAGACUCCUUCUAAAGCAUAUUACUAGCAUUCUCAGUUCUAGAAGAUCGCUGUUUUAAUAUUCAUAAAUGUCUGCCAUUUUUAUCCCCACAGAUGACCAAACGCAAAAUAAGCGAGACCAAAAAGAUUAUCAAUGCAUUCCAUCCGUAGCUGUCAACGCUAGUCUGUUUCAAGAACGGCCGCCCUCACAGUUCCAACACUCGUUACCUACGUUGACUCCACAAAAAUUUUCUGCAUUUACUAAAAGCCCUGUUUCGCCCACGUCCAAGAUGCAUUUCAAAGAUCUUCCUGCUGAUAUAUUACCCGUGAAAGCACAUAAUCUUGAUCAAUUCCUUACCAGUGAAAAUGGUAACGUCACUAUUAUUGAUAGUCGUCCAUUCACUCUGUUCUCAAGCUCACGUGUGGCAAAUGCUAUCAAUCUUUGCGUUCCCUCCACCCUUUUAAAACGAGAGUCGUAUUCAUUAGUGCAAGUAUUGGGAUCAAUUGACCCUUGGAAAAGAUCACAUAUCAUUGACUCAUCAACUACCACUUCAGUUCUUAUUUACGAUUCCGAUAGUAAUCAAGAUCAUAUAUCUUUCCCGCUAUAUCAAACAUGUCUCAAAUUCUACCGGUACCCCAAUAAAAAAUUCAAGGUUUAUUACUUGAACGGAGGUUUUUCUGAAGUCAUUACAUCCUCUUUGAUAGAGACCCAAUUUCCUGGUGGAGACUCGAAGACUUCAUCUCAUAAUCCAAAUUCUAUUGAAUCCAUUUCACCUAUUUCACCAUCAAACCCUUCGUCUACAAUGAAUCUUUCGGGGUUUCUGCUUCCAUCAUCUGCUCCAGCACAACAAAAGUUCUUAUCCUCAAUCAAAAGGAAUGCAUUACCCAAAUUAGACUUAUCUAGUAUAUCGGGGAAACGAUUCAAAGAACUGGCAGAAGAUGAAAUGAGAAAUUAUGAUUAUAAAUUUAAAUUCCCUGCGGGACUUUCAGAGGCAAACUUACCGCAAUGGCUUCAAUUCUUGGCUGAUAUUGCCAAUUCAGAUUCUUCUGAUAAAAAUAAAGAUGUUUUAAAUGUUUUAAAUGCUAAAUUUAACAAGAUUGAAAAAACAGAACAAGCAAGAUUGAAGAAGGCAAUCUCUGCCACAAGCUCAAGUAACCCUAAUCUGGCAGUUCAUUCUCCUAAUAUAUGUUCUCCAAGUGCACUUUGUCCUGGAUGUGAUCAGGUUAUCUAUAAAAUUCCCAAGGGGAUCGAAUAUGGUUUCAAGAAUAGAUAUAAUAACAUUUGGCCAUAUGAGCACUCAAGAGUUAAACUCAGUCAACCAUCACCUGUCCCAAGAGGUACCGGUAGUGGUAUCUGUGAGGGAACAUCUCCAUUUUGUACUCAUGAUGAGCAAGAUGAUUACUUUAAUGCUAAUUACAUCAAUUAUGAUGAAGUAUCUGGCUAUAAAUAUAUUGCUACGCAAAAUCCACUUCAAGCUACUUAUGAAGAUUUUUGGAAAACUAUAUGGAGUAACAAAAUAAACGUAAUUGUUUGCUUAAACAAACAACUUUCUGCAAAUUUGGCUGGCCAAGACUUAAAAUAUUUUGAUGAUCAAAGUUUCCCCAAAAGUUCAUUACAAGUACAGCGAGUGAAUACUACCGAUUAUGAACAUUACAUACUACGUGAAAUAAACCUCAUACGAAUUAAAACUGGAGUGGCAGAAAGAGUAUAUCAUUUAGAGUUUAAAAAUUGGCCUGACUUUGGAGUACCACAAUCAUUGGACUCUAUAUUAAGUUUGAUUGAUUUUAAAAAUAAGUUGGUAUCAGAACAUCAUUUGAACUCACAAUUACUUGUACACUGUUCUGCUGGAUGUGGACGUACUGGAUGUUUCAUUACUUUAGAUAUGAUUCUCGAUUGCUUCAAGAAUAAGGAUGGUUCAAAGAUUGACCCUUGGGGUGAAGAUGAUCUUAUCUAUAAAACGGUUCAAUUUCAACGUAGACAGCGCAUAUCUAUGGUGCAGAAUUUGGAUCAAUUCAUUGUAUGCUACGAAGUUCUCUUGGACUAUGCAGUAAAGCAAUUAAAAGUAUAGUUUUACGUAAUAAUGACAAAAAAAAUAUUUAU